AUGAGGUCAGGCCACACAGAAGAACUUCGUUUGAUUGAGAUGUUUACGACCCGGACAAGACGGAGAAACAAAGUCGCUUGCCUCUACGUGCGGCCAUGCGGUGAUGCGGCACGGUACACUCUCCUUUUCUCGCACGGAAAUGCUGUCGAUCUCGGACAAAUGAGUAGUUUCUACUAUGGACUUGGAUACCGCUUGGGAUGCAAUGUGUUUAGCUACGAUUAUUCAGGUUAUGGUUGCUCGACUGGUAAAGCUAGCGAGAAGAACCUCUACGCCGAUAUUCAAGCAGCUUUUGAGGCUCUCCAAACAAGAUAUGACAUUCCUGCUGAGCGGGUGAUUCUCUACGGGCAAAGCAUCGGAACGGUGCCUUCAGUGGAUUUGGCUUCGAAACACCCCGAUGUAGCUGCUUUGAUAUUACAUUCUCCUUUGAUGUCCGGAAUGCGAGUUGCUUUUCCGGGGACACAACGGACUUGGUGUUGCGAUGCUUUUCCUUCAAUAGAAAAAGUACCUCGGGUCACUUGUCCUACUCUUGUUAUACAUGGUACUGAUGACGAGGUUAUCGACUUUUCACAUGGAGUCUCGAUUUAUGAGCGAUGCCCAGCUUCAGUGGAGCCGUUAUGGGUUGCCGGCGCUGGGCACAGCGAUGUGGGGUUGCACGCGGCUUACUUGGAACGACUACGACUCUUCAUCGAAAAUGAGGCCGGCAAGAAACCAGCCACCACCCAAGCUUAUCAACCAAAUGGAGCCAUCAAAAGUACGCGUAACAACGACUCGGCUCGAACUGCA